AUGUAUACCCAUUCUCGUCAGAGCAAUCAGUAUCCCAUCCCAGCACCCCCGCAGCAGCGGCCUGGAGCUGCUCCCCUGCCUCCACCCCCGCAGCUUCACGACCCCAACCAGAUGAUGCAUCUUCCACCACCAGGACAGCAGCAGCCGCAGCCUCCACCGCAGCAGCAACAGCAGCAGCAGCAGAUGCAGCGCACAAUGGUCUACCAAGACGUGUCUCCUGCUGACCAGAAUGGCGACUACGUAGGCCAGCAGGCUGGUUCAACCUACAGGUUGCGAGUCGACCAGCAGCCCAUCAGGGCCCGAAUGUGUGGAUUUGGCGACAAGGACCGACGCCCCAUCACUCCGCCUCCUUGCAUCCGCCUCAUCAUGUGCGACGCUACAACAGGACAGGAGAUUGACGCCAACGAUAUCGACACCACCUUCUACACACUCGUCGUCGAUCUCUGGCACGAGGACGUUUCGCGCGGUGCAUGCAACUUGGUCCGUCAUAGCAGCGCAGCGCCAACGGUGAGUAUUAGUAGCAGUGUAACCACCUCCUUCCCUCCGGUGCCAGAUCGUCAGAUGUUCCUGGCCCAAGGUAUGCCGACACAUCAGUACAACGCCUAUGGCCAGCCAGUGCCGUCCCCUCAUCCAUAUGCCCAGCAACAGUACUAUCCCGGCCAGCCACCUCCUGGGUAUCCGCCGUACGGUGCAAGCUACAGCCCGCAGGUUGUGAGUGCACCAAGCACCAGCUCCAACCACACACGGAAUCUCAUUGGCCAGACCUCGGUCAACGCCUUCAAGCUGAACGACCCAGACGGCAAACCCGGCUUCUGGUUCGUCCUCCAAGAUCUUUCUGUGCGCACGGAGGGUACUUUCCGGCAAGCUCUUCUUCCAUAUAACCCAUCUGAACGGUAUUGACGAAUACAGACUCAAAUUCAUGAUCUUCAACAUAGGCAGCGGUGAAAACCUCAACAGCAUCCUGGGCCACGGCGAGAAAACCCCCAUGCUUGCUAGCUGUUUCUCGGACCCGUUUACUGUGUACUCGGCGAAGAAGUUCCCUGGUGUCAUUGAGAGCACGACGCUCAGCAAGUGCUUUGCGCAGCAGGGUAUCAAAAUACCUAUUCGUAAAGACGGACCCCGCAGCUUGGCCAACCAAUCUGAGUUUGACGCCGAUGACUGA